GCCGCCGGGUCCCCCGCGCUGGCUACUUCCGGGGCCGCCGUUCCGGGCAUGGAGCCGCGAACGUGAGCUGCCGCCGGCCCCGGGACGCCCCCCGGCCAGCCCGGUCCGCGCAGCGCCUGCAGGAUGGACGCGCCGCCGAGCCUGUAGGAGCUUCCCCUGGCGCUUCCUACUCUGCGUGGCGCCAGGGCUUGAACCUGAGACAGGAGACACAGGGAGGCAAGGCUGGGACUCUCAGGUGCCCGCUCCCCAGGCUGUGCGGUUCAUGCAGAGGGUGAAGAAGCUGCGACUGGACGGUGAGGACUCCGCGAGUUGGAGGAGCCUGGCGAGGAACCCCGAGGCCCCAGAGAGCAUGGCGGCUGCGGAGGCGGGGGGCACAGGGGAGCGGGACUCCCCGGCCGCCCGCUUCCAGGUGCAGAAGCACUCGUGGGAGGGGCUGCGCGCCCUGAUCCAUGGUAGCCGGCGGCACUCGGGGCUCGCGCUGAGCAAGGCGCCCCACGACUUCCAGUUUGUGCAGAAGACCGACCAGGCGGGCCCCCACUCCCACCGCCUCUACUACCUUGGCAUGCCCUACGGCAGCCGUGAGAACUCCCUGCUCUACUCUGAGAUCCCCCGGAAAGUACGCAAGGAGGCAUUGCUGCUGCUGUCCUGGAAACAGAUGCUCGACCACUUCCAGGAAAGAGAAAUUGGGAGGGGAGACAGACGUGCAGAUGCCUGCCUCCCUGCUUCACCACUCGUGAAGCGUCCCCCACCUGCAGCUGGGGGGUGGGGGCUCGAACCCAGGUCCCUGUGCACGGUCCCACGUGUGCUUGACUGGGCGCAUCACCACCUGGAUGGUGCCUCGGAGGCCACGCCCCAGCACGGGGUCUACUCGCGGGAGGAGGAGCUGCUGCGAGAGAGGAAGCGGCUGGGCGUGUUUGGCAUCACCUCGUACGACUUCCACCCGCAGAGCGGCCUCUUCCUCUUCCAGGCCAGCAACAGCCUCUUCCACUGCCGGGACGGCGGGGACAACGGCUUCAUGGUCUCCCCCAUGAAGCCCCUGGAGAUCAAGACACAGUGCUCGGGGCCCCGCAUGGACCCCAAGAUCUGCCCGGCCGACCCCCUCUUCUUCUCCUUCAUCAACAACAACGACCUGUGGGUGGGCAGCCUGGAGACGGGCCAGGAGCGUCGCCUCACCUUCUGCCACCGUGGCUCGUCCAACGUGCUGGAAGACGCCAAGUCCGCCGGCGUGGCCACCUUCGUCAUCCAGGAGGAAUUCGACCGUUUUACCGGCUACUGGUGGUGUCCUAGGGCCACUGCUGAGGGUCCCGAUGGCCAUAAGGCCCUGCGGCUUCUGUACGAGGAGGUGGACGAGUCGGAGGUGGAGGUGAUCCACGUGCCGUCCCCCGCCCUGGAGGAGAGGAAGACAGACUCCUACCGGUACCCCCGCACAGGUAGCAAGAACCCCAAGAUCGCGCUGAAGCUGGCGGAGUUCACGACCGACGGGCAGGGCAAGAUCAUCUCGACCCGGGAGAAGGAGCUGGUGCAGCCUUUCAGCUCUCUGUUCCCCUCCGUGGAGUAUAUUGCCCGCGCCGGCUGGACCCGCGACGGCAAGUACGCCUGGGCCAUGUUCCUGGACCGGCCCCAGCAGAGGCUGCAGCUGGUCCUGCUCCCGCCCGAGCUCUUCAUCCCGCGGCCCGAGGACGAAGCCCAGCGCCGGGCCCUGGCCGCCGCCCUGCCCCACACCGCGCAGCCCUACGUCAUCUACGAAGAGGUCACAGACGUGUGGAUCAACGUCCAUGACAUCUUCUAUCCCUUCCCCCAAUCAGAGGGCGCGGAGGAGCUGUGCUUCCUCAAGGCUGACGAGUGCAAGACAGGCUUCUGCCACCUCUACAAGGUCACCGCCCUGCUCCGGCCCCGCGGCUACGACUGGACGCAGCCCCUCAGCCCCGGGGAAGAUGAGUUCAAGUGUCCGAUCCUGGAGGAGGUGGCCCUGACCAGCGGGGAGUGGGAGGUGCUGGCCCGGCACGGCUCCAAGCUGUGGGUGGACGAGGAGGCACGGCUGGUGUACUUCCACGGCACGCGGGACACGCCACUGGAGCACCACCUGUACGCCGCCAGCUACGCCGCCCCGGGCGAGAUCGUGCGGCUCACGGCGCCCGGCUUCUCCCACAGCUGCUCCAUGAGCCAGAACUUCGACAUGUUCGUCAGCCACUACAGCAGUGUGGCCUCCCCGCCCUGCGUGCACGUGUACAAGCUGACAGGCCAUGCCGACCCCCUGCACAAGCAGCCCCGCUUCUGGGCCAGCAUGAUGGAGGCGGCCAGCUGCCCCCCGGACUACGUGCCCCCUGAGAUCUUCCACUUCCACACGCGGGCGGGCGUGCGGCUCUACGGGAUGGUCUACAAGCCGCACGCGGUGCAGCCUGGGAAGAAGCACCCCACCGUGCUCUUCGUCUAUGGAGGUCCCCAGGUGCAGCUGGUCAACAACUCAUUCAAGGGCGUCAAGUAUCUUCGGCUCAACACGCUGGCCUCCCUGGGCUACGCCGUGGUCGUCAUCGACGGCCGGGGCUCUUGCCAGCGGGGGCUGCGCUUCGAGGGGGCCCUGAAGAACCAGAUGGGCCAGGUGGAGCUCGAGGACCAGGUAGAAGGGCUGCACUUCGUGGCCGAGAAGUACGGCUUCGUGGACCUGAGCCGCGUGGCCAUCCACGGCUGGUCGUACGGCGGCUUCCUGGCGCUCAUGGGCCUGGUGCACAAGCCACACGUCUUCAAGGUGGCUAUCGCGGGCGCCCCGGUGACGGUCUGGAUGGCCUAUGACACGGGCUACACCGAGCGCUACAUGGACGUCCCGGAGAACAACCAGCCGGGCUAUGAGGCCGGCUCCGUGGCCCUGCACGUGGAGAAGCUGCCUAACGAGCCCAACCGUCUUCUCAUCCUGCACGGGUUCCUGGACGAGAACGUGCAUUUCUUCCACACGAACUUCCUGGUCUCCCAGCUCAUCCGUGCGGGCAAGCCUUACCAGCUGCAGAUCUACCCCAACGAGAGACAUAGCAUCCGGUGCCCAGAAUCCGGGGAGCACUACGAAGUCACGUUACUGCACUUUCUGCAGGAGCACCUCUGAGCCCCCACCCUGCUCCCGCGGCUGGGGCCGGGCCCUCACUUCAGAGCACAAGCAGCGGCGGCCACCCCACCCGUGGGGCCGGGACCGAGCGAGCGAGCGAGUGGCGGAGCCUUCAGGGUUUUUUGUAUCUGCUCCCCUGCUGCACCAUAUCCCGCCACGGGAUUCUCAGCAGCAGUGCAGCCGGUAGAGACUGAAGGGGGGGGGUGGGGGGUGGCGAGCGCCUGCACUCCUGGGAGCCCCCACCAGGCCUGGGAGCAUGCCACCCCCAACCCUGCCUGCUCCUCCCCACCCACCCUCACUUCAUAGCUGUGCCCAUGUCUGGGAGGUGGUGCCCUCCAUCGUUAUUUAAAAGGUGGGGCAACCUCCCAGACCAACCAGCGCCAAUCAGGGGGUCUGCUGGCAGUGAGGGUCCAGUCCGCACAAAAACUGGGGGUCCUCCCAAACUGGGAGGGGCCCCGCGCCCCCCUCCCCUCAGGGUCAUCCGUAGCUGCCGCCCAUCCCCACCCAGAGUUCUGACAGAGGCUGGCAAAAACAGAAAAAAGCAAAGAAAAAAAACAAACAUGCCGCCUCUGCCACAUAUUAUGGAAAGAAGAUAUUUUUGUCAAUCCCUAUUCUUUUAUAAUUAUGCGUGUAAGAUGUAGCCCCAUUAAAAGAUGCCACCCGGAAGCCGA